GCCCCUUGACCUACUGAACCGGAGCGCGCGGCGAGGAAGCGGGAACCGGAGAGAAAGAUGCCGCCUCUGAUGUGCCCCAGCAGCCCCGGCGCAGCGGUGAUGGACUCGCUGGAGAACGCGGGCCGCCUGAUUGACAGACACCUCCUGGAGGACCGCCUGUACCCGGAGCUGUCCGAGCUGCUCAACGUCCCCAAUUAUAACAGUCCAUCCCUGUCUGGGAUGACAGAUAUGGAUUAUCCUCUCCAAGGACCCGGCCUGGUAUCUCUACCCAACCUCCCAGAGAUCAGCCCAAUCCGACGAGUCCCACUGCCUCCGGAACUGGUGGAACAGUUUGGACACAUGCAGUGCAACUGUAUGAUGGGUGUUUUCCCUGAGAUUGGCAAAGCCUGGCUUACCAUUGACAGUGACAUCUUCAUGUGGAAUUAUGAGGAUGGGGGAGAUUUGGCUUAUUUUGACGGACUGAGUGAAACAAUUCUGUCGGUGGGACUGGUAAAACCCAGAACAGGGAUAUUCCAGCCUCACAUCCGACAGCUGCUUGUACUGACCACUCCUGUUGACAUUGUGAUCCUGGGUGUCAGCUUCACCAACUCUCAGACAGGGCUGGGAAUUCUGAAUGACAGCAUGUGUGGAGGGAUGCAACUACUGCCAGACCCCCUUUACUCCAUUCCCACAGACAAUACUUAUCUGCUGGCAGUCACUGCCACAGACACUGGCCGUAUAUUCCUGGCCGGAAAAGAUGGCUGUUUGUAUGAAGUUGCCUAUCAGGCUGAGGCUGGUUGGUUUAGCCAACGAUGUAGGAAGAUAAAUCACUCAAAGAGCUCUCUAUCCUUCCUUGUUCCCUCAUUUCUGCAAUUCACCUUCUCUGAAGAUGACCCUAUCGUUCAGAUCGCCAUCGAUAACUCAAGGAACAUUUUGUACACACGCUCAGAAAAGGGAGUCCUCCAGGUAUAUGAUCUUGGUGUUGAUGGCCAAGGGAUGGGCAGAGUGGCAUCUUUAUCCCAGAAUUCCAUAGUUUCUGCAGCAGGUAACAUAGCCCGGACCAUAGAUCGUGCUGUCUUCAAACCGAUUGUCCACAUUGCAGUGAUUGAGAGCUCGGAGUCCGUGGAUUGCCAUCUGUUGGCUGUGACACAUGCAGGUGUCCGACUGUAUUUCAGCACUAUGCCCUUCAAGCAUCCGGCUAUACGACCCACUGUGCUGGCACUCGUACACGUCCGUCUGCCCCCAGGAUUCUCUGCCUCAGCUACUCCACAGAGACCCUCUAAAGUUCACAAAGCUCUUUAUACCAAAGGUAUUCUGCUGUUGGCCGCCUCCGAGAAUGAUGAUAAUGAUGUCCUCUGGUGUAUUAAUCACGAUUCCUUCCCAUUCCAGCGACCCCUCAUGGAAGUUCAGAUGAUGGCAAGCAUUGAUGGCCAUUCAUGGGCCCUGUCCUCCAUCGACCAAUCCCCACUUCAAAAGAUCAUUACUCCGCUCAACAAAGAGCGUGUCCCGCUCACCGACCCACCAGUUGUGAUUGUCCAGCAUUUGACGCCACCCAAAAGAUUCAUCCUGCUCACAGCACAGGGCAGCCAUUUUUUCCAAAAGCUGCGUCCCGUGGACCAACUCCGUCAUCUCCUCGUGAGCAAUGCAGGUGGUGAGGGUGAGGAUAUCGAGCGAUUCUUCAAACUACAUCGGGAGGAACAAGCUUGUGCUUCGUGUCUCAUUCUUGCCUGUUCAACAGCAGCGAACGAUCGUGAGGUCUCUGCCUGGGCAACCCGUGCCUUCUUCAGGUACGGUGGAGAAGCACAGAUGCGGUUUCCUGCAGCCAUUCAGCAGCCAAUAAAUGUGGGGCCCACCUUCAGCACCCCACACCCAGGGCCCUUGAUGCCUCUCGGUAGCCCUUUCUCCAGUCCUGGUAUCUCAUCUAUUCCAGUCUCAGGUGUGAAGCCUGUCGGCAUGCCAACCACUCUCUUCUCUCCUGGAAGCCCUGGACUGUACAGUGGUGUCUCUCUUCCCCCAGUCACCACAAUGUCGGGACCAGAGGUGGUAUUUUCUGGAAAGCAUAAUGGCAUCUGCAUCUAUUUCACCAGGAUCAUGGGGAAUAUCUGGGACAGCAGUAUAGCAAUGGAACAGGCAGUCCAUCAUUACAGGCAGCAGGCAGUACUGUUUGAGAGCAGCGUUGCUGUGAAGGCUCUGGCCAACAUUCUGCUUGAACUCAAUGGAUUGCGGGAAUUCCUUGAUAGAAACUCCCAAUUUGGAUCUGGAGCUCUGGGAAAUGCAAGUUUUAGUGCUUCCAAUGUACCACAGAGGCUGCUGGGUUUCAUACGGCCUGAUGGAGGCUCACAGCAAGUUCAACAGGAGCUACAAAGGAAAUACCACACCGAAGCACAGGCCUACGAGAAGCUGUCACUACAAGGUAUACAGCAGCUGAUCCAUUACACCUGUCAGACCCUGGCUCUGUGGAAGCUGAUCUGUGAUCACCAGUUCAGCAUAGUUAUCGCAGAUUUACAGAAGGAGCUCCAGGAACAGUUGAAAUCAACACCAUUCCGGGACUUGGUUAUUCGAGGGAAGGAGUUGUGUGGGGCACUCAUUACCUCUCUUAUCAACCGAUAUAUUGGGGACAACGCCUCGGUCGACGCCAUCAGUAAACAUCUGAGGGACACUUGUCCCCUGCUGUACAGCAACGACGACGCAGUAUGUUCCAAGGCGAAUGAGCUACUACAGAGUGCAAGGCAAAUUCAAAACAAGGCAGAGAAGGAGAAGACCAUGAGAGAGUCAUUGCAUCUGUACCAGGAGAUUGGACACCAGGUUGACCUUCACAGUGUCUGCACACAGUUCAGACAAGUGCGUUAUUAUGAGGCUGUGGCUGAGUUGAGCCUCAGUGCUGCAGAUAAGAAGGAUCCACAGGGCCUGGGACUUCAUUAUUACAAGAACGGAGAACCAGAAGAGGAUCCUGUGGGACAACAGGCCUUUCAGGAGAGGCUGAAUUGUUACAAAUGCAUCUCGGACACACUACAGGAGCUGGUGAACCAGAGUAAGGCUGCUCCACAAUCUCCUAGCGUUCCCAAGCUACCAGGUCCUCCAGUUCUGACAUCUGACCCCAACAUGUUGAGUAAUGAGGAGGCAUCACAGCAUUUUGAACAAAUGUUAAAACUGGCUCAGAGAUCAACGGAUGAACUCUUCAACAUCGCUCUAUUUAACUGGCUGAUCCAGGCUGACCUGAUGGACAAGCUGCUGGAGGUAAAUUCUCCGUUUCUUGAGCCAUAUUUAGUUCGGAUGGCGAAGCAGGAUCAGAACAAGGUUCGCUACAUGGACUUGCUUUGGAGAUACUACGAGAAAAAUCGGAGUUUCAGCAAUGCCGCAAGAAUCCUGGCUCGCCUUGCAGACAUGCACAGCACUGAGAUCUCACUACAACAAAGGAUCGAGUACAUUUCUCGGGCCAUCCUUAGUGCCAAAAGUUCCACUGCAACAUCAUCACAGGCUGCUGAUGGCGAAUUUCUACAUGAGCUCGAAGAGAAAAUGGAGGUGGCUAGGAUACAGCUCCAAAUUCAGGAUACAUUGGCACGCAAUUAUUCGCAGCAUCCCUCUGUGCAGGAAGCUAUCUCUCAACUAGACACAGAGCUCAUGGACAUCACCAAGUUGUAUGGAGAGUUUGCUGACCAUUUCCGCCUCUCGGAGUGUAAACUGGCGAUCAUCCACUGUGCAGGGCACUCAGACACAAUCCUUGUGCAGACCCUUUGGCAAGAAAUCAUUGAAAAGGAAUUGGCUGACAGCAGGUUGAUGAGUUGCAUGGAUCGGAUGCAGACCCUGAGUAUGAAGCUCGUGUCUCUGGGAAAACUUUACGCUGGAACUCCACGCUACUUCCCGCUUGAGUUUCUGGUCCAGUACCUGGAGCAGCAAUCCUGUGUUUUCAACUGGGACACUGGCUUUGUGACCUUCACAAUGCAAGAAAUAGGAAUAUCCUUACCCAGAUUGCUGGAGGUGUAUAAUCAACUUUUCAAAACACGGGAUCCUUAUUGGCAGAGGGUCAAAAAACCUCUCCAUUUGCUAGAAUGUAUUCAUGUACUUCUCAGUGCCUACGUGCAAGAACCCAAUAAAGUUCCAGCCCAUGAGAGACGGCGAUUCACCAACAACUGCCUGGAUGCAAUUGGCCGAUUCCUUGUUGAACUUCAGUCUAUGAGCCCUACCAGCUCCUUACAGGCAACAAUUGGAAAUUUCAAAUCGUUGCAGGCUAAACUGGACCGCCUGCACUAAUGGUCUCCCUGAGUGCCAGAUUCCUCCAGACUUUCAAACAAAGACAGAGCACCGCUGCUAUUAUCCUUGGUGUGCUGCUGACGGCCUGUCUACAG